GCGGGGGACGGGAGGGCAGGACGGAAGGAGGGAAGGGGGGUCGGAGGAGGCCGGGCGGGGCGGCGCCGGCGGCCCCUCUCAAGCUUUAUUUUCUUCCUUCCCCGGUGGCAGCAGGAGCCGGAAGCGCCGGGCCGGAAAGGGAUGGCGGCCGCGGCCUCUCUGGGCCGUCAUGUCUAUGGUCGCAGCCAUGGCAACCAGCGCCGGCACCGCCCGGGAGGCUGCUCCAGCCCUGCCGGGUGCCGUGCCCGGGAGGCCGGGCCGCCGGCGGGGAGAGAGCCGGAGCGGCAGAGACGGAGCCUGGCCGGCUGUGGGCGCGGAUGAGCGCGCCUGGGAGACGCUGCUCGGUGCCAUGGCAGAGGCUGUGCCCGAACCCACAGUGAGGAGGAAAAAAAGCAUAACUAUCGAGGAGAAAAUCGACAUCAUAAGCGCUGUGGAGAGCGGCAAGAAAAAGGCGGACAUUGCAGCCAAGUAUGGCAUCAAGAGGAACUCUCUGUCUUCGAUUAUGAAGAAUAAAGAAAAAGUUUUGGAAGCCUUUGAAACUUUGCGGUUUGAUCCUAAAAGGAAAAGACUGAGGACUGCUUUUUAUGCCGACCUGGAGGAGGCACUGAUGAAGUGGUACAGAAUUGCACAGUGCUUGAAGGUGCCGGUCAAUGGCCCUAUGUUGCGCCUCAAGGCGAAUGAUUUCGCCCAGAAGCUUGGACACAGUGAUUUUAAAUGCAGCAAUGGCUGGCUCGAUCGUUUCAAGUCGAGGUACGGUUUGGUUUUCAGAGCCCAGCCUGUAGAAGCAGCUGCUACUCCUGCAGUGGGUGCUCCAGCUCUUUGGUACCAAAACGUGCUUCCUUGUUAUUUAAAUGAUUAUCAGCCAAAAAAUGUGUUUUACAUACAGGAGACUGGGUUGUUGUAUCAGAUGUUACCACAUAACACGUUUACAUUUAAAGGGGAAACUUUUUCUGUAGGAAAACAAAGCGAAGAGAGCAUCACUGUAGUGGUGGGUACAAAUAUGGAUGGCUCUGAGAAACUCCCACUGCUCAUUAUAGGAAAAAGCAAAAGUCCAUGCUCUUUCAAAGAUGUGAAAUCGCUGCCAGUGGAUUAUGAAGCAAAUGAUAGGGCGUGCAUGACUUCAGGGAUCUUUGAACAGUGGAUGCAUAAACUCGAUCACAGAUUUCAAGCACAGCAGCGCCGAGUGGUUAUUCUUGUUGAUUCUCUCCCAGCUCACACAGAAGUAAAGCACCUGAAGUCUGUCAAAUUAGUGUUCUUUCCUCCAGACUCCUCUUCAUGUAUAGCUGUGAAAGAAAGGAUUAUCAAAAGUCUGAAGGUAAAAUACAGGCACUGUCUUAUCAAGAGAUUUGUUGACUGUAUAGAAAGUAAUAAAGAGUUUAUGCUGACCCUUCUUGAUGCAAUUGAGAUGCUGUGCCUGUGCUGGAGGGAAGUAACACCAGAGACUAUUGCAAAAAUUUACGAUGGAGUAACUUUCAAAUUAGAAACUGAGACAAAUGAUAAUGACAGUGAGGUUGAAAGUGAUUUUGAUUUGAUUGCACAUGCACGGGCAGCUGGACUAGAGUUUCCAGAAGGUUUGUCUUCAGAAGAAUAUGCAGCUCUAGAUGAUGGCUUGGUAACUUACGAAGUGCCCACACAUAAUGAAAAGAUGUGUGACAAAGAAAGUGCAUCAGAUAAAGCUGAGACAUUUGUUGGUGAUGAAGAUAAGGAUGAAGGUGAUCGACUUCAGGGAGCUGAACAGCUUUUACCAUCCAAAAAUGAGGCUUUGAGUGCUUUAGAUACCCUCCGAAAGUUCCUCAGAACUCAGGACACAGAUGAUUCUCUUUAUGAUUCCCUAGCUGACUUGGAGAACUUUAUUCAACAUGUAGCAUGUGAAUAAAUAUUUUAGCAAAGUGGGAAAGCAUGUAAUUGGGGAAAAAAAAAGAAUAUAUAAUCAAAGAUAUUUUUAAAACAAGCAUUUUUGAAAUGUUCUCUGGUAUGUUUUGCUCAGGUGCCUAGAUGAACAUAACAAAACUAUGAAAAAGGGCUAUGAAUUGAAAAAUUUUCCACAAAAUCAGAAGCAAAUAACACAUAUUUGAGGUGAAGAGAGGGAGUAAGCUGAACCCUUAAAAUGCUAACUGUAAUAAAUACAGUGGGGGCAAAAGAAAUUCUUUGAGCAGUUUGGUGCACUCAGGAUAAACUGUUGACCACUUGGAACUCUUUCUUCAAGAAGAGACAAGCACUUCUACGCAUCAAUAAUUUCACUGGUGUUUUUGGAGUUUUGACAGUGGAGUGGUAAAUAUUUAUCACCUUAGUGUUUUUGAUACAUAAACACAAAAUUGAAUAUCACAGAAAAUACAUGCUUAAAUGCUGAGAAGUAAGGCAUUUUAAAAAGAAAUAUUUUUUGCCCUUUAUCAAGAAUUCUGGCCAUCUUUACUCUUGCAGCAGAUGAUGAACAGCAGAAAGUUACCAAGCUUUGAAUGUGUUGUUUUGUUUUCUUAAAACUGCUCAUGUGUGAAUACACUCGAAUGGCAUAAUCAUUCAUCCAGGAGUCAAAAGACAAGCCUUUACUUGGUCUUUGAAGAGGUCACAAAGGAAGGCCAUUCUCUCCUUUUCAGCCUCUUUGAUGCACAGAUUUGAUGUAGGUCUUUCUGUGCAGCUCCAUGUAUUUCUACAGUAAAUUCAGGGAAAAAAAAGCCAAUAUCUGGAGUAAAAACAUCUCAGAGCUCUUGAUUUAUUUUCAAUACUUGGAGGCUUUGCUGUAGGAUUCAAUGCACUAAUGUGGUUUAUCACUAAAAGUCCCAUUAACAAGGAUGCUGUUUGCAUGAUUGCAGCGUGAAGUUGUGUAAAUCACAGUACAUUUACAUGUCUUGGAGCAUGCAUUUCAAAGAAGGUAAUCAUAUCAGAGCCAAAACCCACAGUGUAUGUGACCUUCUGGCUUUUUUCAAAACCUGUUUUAAAUCUUUUCCAUAGCUAUAAAUUUAGAUUUUUUUUCAAAAGUUGGAGAUAAUAUUUUUUUCUAAUUUAGAAUCCCUUUUGGUAGCCUGCAUAAUAAAAAAUCUGUUAUGCUGCCUAUAAUUAAACCAUGAGAAAAAAAUCUCACACAUAUAUGAAUCUUCUAUUUUAAAUAAAUAGUUUGGCUACA